AUGGCCGAUUUUGAAGAGUACCGCGCCGUGUGCGCCGCCUGCGCGCCCGCGCAUGGCGACUUGGACUGGCGUGCGGCGGUCCCGGAUCGCGUGCAGGGGUGGGAGGAGGACUGGCGGAUGUGGAGUGACUGGCGGACGAGCCGGAGCCCGUGGCUGGAGGAGGGGGAGGAGGAUCAGUGGAGGGUGUGCUUCGACCACUGCGCCCGCGGCGUGCUCCUCGGCAGCCCCAAGUUCACGCUUUCACGCCCUCUGUCCGGGCUCUGGGCAUCUCGGCUGGACAUGGACGGGAACACGCUCGCCCCCCUCCCGUUUUGGGAGCUGAGUGACACGGUGGACGAGGGCGCGCUGAACGUGUACCGCCCCCAAUCCUUUCCAGAUGGGUAUGCCGUCCAGCACAUCAGGUGCGUGUGCGGCGGGCGGCGGAAGGUGCACGUGCGGAGGCGGGGCAUGCCAGAGGAGUGGGUGUACGAGACCUACGUGAAGGGGGAGUGGAAAUCGCAUGAGCCGGAGACGUGCAAGAUGUGCGUGGCGAAUAUGGAGGAGGAGGCCGAGGUGCGGGCAAGGGUGGCGGAGCUCUUGGCGGAGAGGGCGGAGGGUGAUGAAGACGAAGACACGGACGUGGACGUUGAACUGGACGACGACCACGACGACCGCAACUACAACGACAACCACGAGAUGGGCGAAGAGCAAGGCGGAACGGGGCGCAUCGAUCGCGUGUGCCGCGAGGACGACGAAGAGCACAAGCCGGACAACGUGCACUCGCGCGUCGCAAGCCCGACAGACUCAGACAGGGACAUCGCGCAGAUGACCAAUCGUCACUGGCAAGAUCCAGUCAGCAUGCCGGCGCGCUCGCUGCAGUGUCCUCUACCGCCAGUACGCGUUGGCAGGCGCACGCUCAUCGGCGCCUGGUGGCACGCGACCGCGACCCCGCACACGGUCCCGCUCGAGGGGAUGUUCAUUGUCCUCCAGGUCAACCCCCCACGGACGGUCGAUGGGCCAGUGGCGUGA